AUGUCUGCUAAAUGGAUUACUUUUAUUUUGGAUACAUUUUUUAUUUUCCAUAACCAACUUGCUGAUCAUAUUUGUAAGUGUACUAAUGAUUAUAAUAUUGAUGAAGAAAUAGCAUUAGAGGAUAAUGAUGAUUAUGAUGCCUUUAUAAAUGAAAGCAAGAAAUUAAAAAAUUCAACUAAAAAUAUGGUACCGUAUGUCACAUUAAAAUCAUCCAAUAAUCCUAAUAUAAAAAAAAGAAAAAAAAAGGUUAAG